ACAGGGAGGCCGAACCACAACCAGGUAACCAAGAAAAAACGAGACCGCGAGAAAAGGCUUCAGGGCUUGAUAUGGGGUUAGCGUGAGACGAACCAGGACUUUUUUCUGCCUUCUUUACCAGUCAAACCAGUAACUCUGGAUAGAGAGCACAAGUACUGCAACAGUUUUUACCCUUGUGGUCCCUGAUGGCUUCGCACAGUGAUACUCUGGUGGUGUUCUUUGGGGCAACAGCUGGUGCAAAUGGGGGUAAACUGGGGUCGGAUGAAAGGGAAUUAAUUCUCUUGGUGUGGCAAAUUGUGGAUCUACAUGAGAAUAAGGUGGGCAAGCUUAAGCGGACUCUAGUACAGCCGGACAGUGCGGAUGUGUCGGAGCAGUGCAAGGAGGAGACCGGGCUCACGGCGGAGGAGCUGUGCAAGGCCGAGCCGCUGGAGAGCGUCCUGCAGCAGUUUUAUCAGUCGGUGUCAGCUGAACUGAAGUCUCUGGGCAGAAGCUCCUACACACUUUGUGUGGAUGGACCACUGCUUAUCCAACAGGUGCUGCACCCCGAGGCCUCCAAAAAGAAUCUAGUCCUGCCAGAGUGCUUCUACACGUUUGUGGACUUGAAGAAAGAGUUUCACAAAUGCUGCCCCAACGCAGGCCCUGUCAAAGAUCUCACUCUGACCUCCAUGCUGGACUAUGUGUGUGUUCCUGCAGCGGUGGAGCAGGAGGCCGGAAUGAGGGAGGUGAAGAACAUGGUUCUGCUAAUUCUGCACCUCCUGACUGAGCCUUACAAUCACACAUUCUCCACUUUUGAGACUGUAAACUACAAGUUUGAAUCCGGAGCAUGUAGUAAGACAGAAGCUGUGGACAGCGAGACGGUCAUCAGAGCUCGUGGGUUGCCAUGGCAGUCAUCUGAUCAGGACAUCGCUCGCUUCUUCAAAGGCCUCAACAUUGCCAAAGGUGGCGUUGCACUGUGUUUAAAUGCUCAGGGCCGGAGGAACGGGGAAGCUCUGGUGCGCUUCAUAAACUCUGAGCACAGAGACAUGGCACUCGAGCGACAUAAACACCACAUGGGCAACAGAUACAUUGAAGUGUAUAAAGCGACUGGGGAGGAAUUUCUGAAGAUUGCAGGAGGCACGUCCAAUGAGGUAGCUCAGUUUCUUUCUAAGGAAAACCAAGUGAUAAUCCGAAUGCGUGGGCUUCCGUUCACUGCUACUCCUCAGGAUGUUCUGGGCUUCCUGGGCCCGGAGAGCCCGGUGACGGAUGGGACGGAGGGGCUUCUGUUUGUGAAGUACCCAGAUGGACGUCCCACAGGCGACGCGUUUGUUCUCUUUGCCUGUGAGGAAUAUGCCCAGAAUGCCCUGAAGAAGCACAAACAGAUCCUGGGCAAGAGAUACAUUGAGCUGUUCCGCAGUACUGCAGCUGAGGUCCAACAGGUUUUGAAUCGCUACAUGUCCACUCCAUUGAUCUCCACACUUCCUCCUCCGCCUCAGAUGGUGUCUGUACCCAUGUUAGCCACGUCACCCUUCAUCACCACCGGCAGCACGCGAGACUGCAUCAGGCUGAGAGGUCUGCCGUACACUGCCGCCAUCGAGGACAUCCUGGACUUUAUGGGAGAACAUACCAUUGAUAUCAAACCACAUGGGGUGCACAUGGUCCUUAACCAACAGGGUCGACCCUCUGGUGAUGCCUUCAUUCAAAUGAAGUCGGCUGACCGUGCGUUUAUGAUGGCUCAGAAGUGCCACAAGAAGAUGAUGAAGGAUCGUUAUGUAGAGGUGUUCCAGUGCUCCACUGAGGAGAUGAGCUUUGUGCUGAUGGGGGGAACGCUUAACCGCAGCGGCCUCUCGCCACCUCCUUGCAAACUGCCCUGUCUCUCUCCACCAACAUAUGCUGCAUUUCCUGCGACUCCAGCUAUGCUUCCCACUGAGGCAGCGUUGUAUCAGCCCCCCCUGCUGGCCACUCCAAGAACUCCACAGGCCCCAGCACACAACCCUGUACCUGCUUUAGCCUACUACUCUCCCCAGCUUUACAUGAACAUGAACAUGAGCUACACCACUUACUACCCCAGUCCACCGGUCUCUCCCUCCACGGUGAGUUAUUUUGCGGCCCCGCCGGGUUCAGUAGCAGCAGCUGUGGCCGCCCAGCCUGCCCCUUCCAUCCUCCCCCCUCAGCCCGGAGCACUGGUGCGAAUGCAGGGUCUGCCAUACAACACGGGGGUCAAAGACAUCCUCGGCUUCUUUCAGGGAUAUCAGCUCCAGGCGGACUCUGUGCUCAUGCUGUAUAACUGGAGUGGUCAGCGUAGUGGGGAGGCACUGGUGACCUUCCCCAGCGAGAAAGCAGCAAGACUGGCUGUAGCCGAAUGCUCCAAUGUUCCCCUCUCCGGCCACCCCAUCCGCCUGGUCUGCUGUGAGUGACCACACACUGACCGCGACACCCCCCGAGGGAGGACCGCACUUCACCCGUCUUAGCCCUUUCUCCCUCAUUACCUGUCUUGGCUUUUCCGACAGUUGUCUGAAGACUGUUGUCUACACAAAGCAGAAGGGGACCUGACACAGAAGCACUGUGUAUAUAUAUAUUUUUUAUAUACACAUUUAACCAUCUUAGUAGCACUGCCUCACUGCUUGUGUGUGUGUGUGUGUAUGAGAGAAAUUGAGAUCAGUGGCAUGCAUGCUGAACUCUUCCUGUGUCUUUUGAUGUCAAGAUCUCUUCUGUCCUAAUUCAAGACUUAAAGUAAACUUAUAACAUUGCAAGCCAUCAGUUUAUGGAUCAAGAGAUCUUCCUGUUAUAAACCCAGCUGGGCAGUCCACUAGGGAACCAAAGUGCAAUGCAAUACUUAUUUGCCGUUAUGGAUAAAGGAAUGAUUUGAAAUACAGUGAGAUUGCAAGAAGCCAAAUAGAUGCUUUAAAAAAAAAACUGUAAGACUGUUAUGCAGCACAUAGGAUUAAAAAAGGGCAUGAUGGUUUUCCCCAGUGUACCUCUGCACUGUUUGGCCUUUCGACUUCCUUAUUUAAUAAGGGUCAGACCAAGUAUGUACUCCAUAGACUUGCAUGAACUAAUUUUUAGUUUAAUCCAUUCGAAAAGUGAUUUUUUUUAAUUUAAAGUAAAAGAUGAGUUGUUUGUGUAAUCUACGUUCAUUAAUGCUCGUUCCUUAGAUGAACUGAAUCGAUAGAGGUGUGUGUUCUGUUGCCCCCAGUCAGACCUCUUGAGUGAUGUGCAGACUGAACUGUCCGAGGUCUUACCUUGUUUUGGACUUUAUCAUUUUUUGGAAAUGCGGUCUACGUCUGUUCUUUUCUUCUGCUACUAGACUGCUUGAAUCAUGAGCUUCAUUUUUUCUUUUUCUUUUUUUCCAUGACCACAUUAUCUGGAGUGCAAUACAAGGCUGAACAAAAUGUCACACCUCUCUAGUGAAAGAAAGGACAUUUUUUCCCCUCUAAAAUGUAUGAAAUGUUUGUGUGUUUAAAAUGUGCCUCUUAUAUGCGACAAAUAAAUUGAUAUUGCUUUGACAUAAUGUCAAAGUGGUGACUAUUAUUAUU